AUGGCUUUGGCCGAGUCGAGAAGGGCAAACUUCUUUCAGUUCGCGCGCUUCGGAUCCUUUGUCGGCGCCGGCGCGCUGUGCUACUUCCUGUACGUGAUCAACUUGAACCCGCGGCCGAGUGAAUGGAGCUUCGUCCUGGCGACCUUGGUCAUGUACAUCCAGUUCACGGCGAUCUCAACUCGAAUGGUAGAGCUUACGAUCGAGCGGGCCCAGUUCAGCUGCUCCUGCUUCUAUGGUCUGCUCAUCCUCUGCUACCUGGAGCUGCCCUUCAUCGAGGAGGCCUACAUCGACUCCAAGGCCUUCGACAUCAACCUGACAUCUUGUAGAUUCAUCAUGGCGGCUGUGGCGAUCAACACGAGGUUUUCACUGCCCUGGCAAGUGCUCCUUUCUUUGGGUCAACUUUGGGCGGAUUUCAAUGCGCCUUCAGGAGUCCGCCAUCCGGCCUUUAGCAUCUUUCUGCAGGGCGUCGUGCUGGGCCUGACCAUCCUCGGGUCACACACCCUGGAGACUUGCGUGCGUUCCAAUAUUCGCGCGCAGUUCCAUUGCUCGGAUGCAGAGUCGUUGAUGUACAGCUUCCGCGGAAUGCUGCGGGGGAUCUGCGAUGGUGAGGCGCUUCUGGACAGUAACCUUCGCAUCCACGUCGUCUCUGACUGCCUGAAGCAUCUGCUCUUGACCAGCACCAACUUGCAUGGCAAGUCCUUCCAGCAACUGCUCGACCCAGAAGAUUUGGAGAAGUUCCGACAGUUCAUACAGGCUUCGGCAUCGAACAUCCCGCCGAAUAUGAGUACACCACACAUGCCGCCUUGCCUACGAGUCACGUUGCUGGGUGCGGCCAGCACACGGAUCGCCGUGGAUCUUUUCCAUGUUCCCAUAUCCAAGCUUUACGGAUCUCAUGAUCCCUACCACCUCAUCGCACUGAAGGAAGAUUCCGAGUCCCGAGCGCCACCAGAGUCAAGGAUGGCCGGGCCAGAGUUUCAGGUCGCUCAGCCACCCAAGCUGUCUCGCACGGACAGCGAUGGAUCUGCGGCCACGGGCACGGGCCUUCAAGGUCUCUUCCAUGAGCUAACGGAGAUGAGCCUCCUCGUCGAUGGAUCGACACCUUUCUGCGACGUGCGGCAGGUGAUCCUCCGGUUCCGGCACAGCCCCCUGUCGCAAAUUCCGAGUCUCCGCACCAUGGUCUUGCCGACUCAGUGGGCCAGCGUCCAUGCUGCGGUCCUGCAGUUCAUGGAAAGCCAGGAGGAGGGUUCUGUGACGCAGUCCUCCCAACUGCCGCCGAUGAGGUGUCGGAUGAUCGAUCAGAGCUCCAAGAAGUACAACAUAGCUCACCUGGCGGAGCUAUUGCCACAUCGUGGAGGUGGCAAGCUGUGGCUUCGCUUGGGCGAGCUGGAGGAAGGCACGGGGUCUCGCGAGCAGUUCCUCUUCCAGACGCGGGCUCGACGAAGUCGACGAGGGGGUGCUCACAGUUCCGUAAUGGACUAG